AUGAACAGUCACUACGGGAUGCAGCUGGGUGCCAAUUCCUUCGGCGGGACACAGUACGGUGCCGGUCCGCCGGAUUUGGCCGCUCACUACAGCGACCCCGUCCGGCAGUCGGCAGCGGGAUGGUACGGCACGGCAGGCCCGGACCCGCGCUUCGCAAGUGAGUACUUUUCCAGAUUGAUGGGAGGCUCGGCAGCUGGAAUGGGAAGCGCUGCUGCGUUGUCCGCCUGCGGAGGUCCCGGAGGCCCCGGCUCCAUGCACCACCACGUUGGCGACUCCAAAUCGUCUUCAAUGUCAGCAGCUGUAUCCGCAUCCUCCGCCGCCGCGGCGGCCGCGGCUUGCGCUGCCGCGGCAGCUGCCGCAGGAAUGCAGUUCCCCUUGGCGCAGAGGCGAAAAAGGCGUGUACUCUUCACUCAAGCGCAAGUGUACGAGCUGGAGAGGCGGUUCAAGCAGCAGAAGUACCUGUCAGCGCCUGAAAGGGAGCACCUCGCGAGUCUUAUACACCUCACGCCUACACAGGUGAAGAUCUGGUUCCAGAACCACCGCUACAAAUGCAAACGGCAGGCCAAGGAAAAAGCAAUGGCCGAACAGCAACAGCACCACCCGUCGCAGUCUCAACACGUCUCCUCGCAGCCUCAAGGUGGGCAGCAGCACGGGUCUCAGGGGUCCCCUCGAAAGGUCGCCGUCCCAGUCCUGGUGAAGGACGGGAAACCCUGUUCGUCGGGAGACGAAGACGCUGCCGGCUCACCCUCUGUCGGAGACGUCAUGCUCGGCGGUUCAGGUCAUCAACGACAUCAUCAUCAUCAACAGUCGGGUGUUGGUAGUGGAGGCCCUGGAAGUUUGAGUCGCGCCUGCAGUUUAGCGGACGCGUCCCGGGCCAUGUCCCAAGCUGUGUGUAUGGCUCCGCAGAGUGGAAGUCCUCUAGGCCUAAAUGGCAUGACAGCGUACGGCCAGUCCAGCAGUGGACUCGACCUCAACGCCUCUGCAGCAGCUGCUGCCGCAGCUGCAGCAGCCGGCAGCGCCAUGCGCGAGGCGCCCCAGCAGUCGCACGGGCGGCCGCAAUCCUAUCACAUGUGCGAUGAAGUUCAACCCGAAUACAUCGAAGAAGAAGGAGAUGACGAAUCCAUCAGCGAGGGCGACGACGUCGUUCAUCCUUGUCUCGUCGAUGAAGAAGGUGGACUUCUGUGA